AUGUACUCCCCAUACUCCAUUACACAGAACACUCACGUUCAUUCACCCCUCACCCAGCGCCACAAACUCUCCCUCCAAUCCAGACCUCCUCACAGCCCCGUCGUCCUCCCUCUCCUCCGUCUACCGCCGGACAACAGUAACUCAUACCAGCGGCCUUUUUCUCUCCCUCUCCUUUCCUCGUAGCACCUCUCUCUCUCUCCCUCGUCCUCCACGGCUCCACGCAGCAGCAGGCCAGAGCAGCACGCACCAGUACCCCCGCGUAUCGCCCUCCACUCCGCCGUCGCUCAAGCUUCAAGGUCUCGCAGCCCCUUCCAUCCGCGCAGUCCCUAUUUUCGCCGUCCAGCCCCGCCGUGUCGUCCUCCCUAGAUUUGUUGUCAGUGAUGGAGCAUGGGUCACACUCUGAUCAGAGUAAAUCAACUUUUUCUCUGGCGGAUGAGGAUCAUACAUUUGCAAAUUCUAUGAGAUUCACAUUAAAUCAAGAUCCAAGAGUUACAUUUUGUGGGUACAGCAUUCCUCAUCCGUCAGAUAACCGCGUUAACAUCAGAGUCCAGACAACAGGGGAUCCGGCACGAGAAGUUUUAAAGGAUGCAUGUCAAGAUCUGAUGCUUAUCUGCCAACAUGUAAGGAGCACUUUUGAUAAGGCUAUCAGUGAUUUCAAAAAGAGCGAGACUGUAGAGAUUGAUGAUUCUGAAUAGUAGUAUUUUCUAGUUAUAUACUUGGUUGUUAUUCUGUGGUUUGUUGAUUCCCCACUGUGUAUGGUUGGUAUCAAAAGUUCAUUAAUAUAAAAGCCAGUUUUGCUUUCAAUGAUGAUGUGUUGGAGACAAGACAAGGGACCUUCUAUUCCUGUUUGUUACUUUGGUUAAUACACUAGUCUUUUAAUUUUUUCUUUAGCAAA